AUGGAUGCUACCACUUUGACAGCUCCCCCUCCCAAAGGGAAGGUGGCCCUUGUCACCGGUGCAAAUGGUAUUAGUGGGCAUGCAAUCGUGGAAUAUUUGAUCCGGACGCCGAAGAAUGAGUGGUCCGAAAUCAUCGUUACCUCCCGCAAGCCACCGCACAACUUCUGGGUUGAUCCUCGAGUUCGGUUCAUCAGCCUUGACUUUCUCGAGGCACCAGAGGCAAUUGUGUCCAAGAUCCAAUCUCUCUGCAAGAGCGUCACCCACGCCUUUUUCACCUCGUACAUCCAUAACAACGACCCAAGCAAACUUGUCGAGACAAAUGGCCCUCUGUUUCGCAAUUUCUUCGAGGCAAUUGAUGCAGCGUGUCCGCGUCUUGAGCGCGUGAGCUUGCAGACUGGCGGGAAGCAUUACGGUAUCCAAUUCAGAUGCUUCGACACGCCCUGCCACGAGGAUACUCCGCGUUACGACGGACCCGGAAAAGAAACCCUCUUCUACUACAAGCAGGAAGACGACCUCUUUGCGAUCCAGAAGCGCCGCAAUACAUGGGCUUAUAAUAUCAUUCGCCCCUUUGGUAUUGUCGGAUACACGCCCCAGUUCGCCGGAAUGAACGAAGCCCUCCCACUGGCCCAGUACUUCCUAAUAUGCCGCGAACUCAACGAACCCCCCCAGUACCCAGGAAACUACAACGGCUUCCACCAGGUCGAAAUGCAGUCGUACGCACCCAGCAUCGCAGACCUCACCGUGUGGGCGGCAACACAAGCGCACACGCAAAACGAAGCCUUCAACCACGGCAACGGCGACCCCAUGGCCUGGCGGUUCCUGUGGACGCUGUUCGGCGAGUACUUUGGCGUCUGCGUUACCGGAUGCGAGCCGGGGGUCUGCAGUGGCAAAGCAAGAUUGAGCCUGGCGGAGUGGGCGCGCGACAAGAAGGGUGUUUGGGAACGCAUCACGGCGAGAUAUGGGGCUGGGAGUGGGGAGGCGUUUCAGGAGCAUAGCUUUGCGCUGAUGGACGGGUUGCUUUCGAGGCCGGUUCCUGGGGCGCAGUUUGUGGCGUCUGUUGCGAAGGCGAGGAGGUUUGGGUGGCGAGGGUGUGUGGAUUCGUAUGAGGCUUGGGUAGACACUUUUCGGUCUUAUGAGAAUGCCGCCGUUUUGCCGAGGAGAGAGGCGUAUAUGGAGUAA